AGGCUCUCUCACCCACUGUUUGUAAAGAGCAUCUUUUUAUUCAUACUCAUACUGAAUUUGCUCUCUCUCUCUAUAUAUAUAUAGUAGUAACAGUAAGGAGGAACGAAUAGACCUUGGUGAUCAUCUCAUCACGUAGACAAGUACUCCUUCUCUUCUUUCAUCUUUUUAUUUCAAUAGACUCCGUGUUAGUCACGUUAAAUUUCGUAUCUGAACUUUUUCUGCUAUAAAAGAAUCUCGUCUCUUCUUACCGUUUAUUUAUUUCUUAUUUUUUGGAUACAUACACGUUUCCAACAUCUCUCCUCCCCCCUUUUUCUUUUCUUACCUAAGUUUUGCCUAAUGAGUUCUUCUCUCAUUCGCAGUAUUGCCAUCAUUGGUGCUGGCCCUUCUGGUCUAGUUACUGCAAAAUCUCUUUUAGCCGAAAAGGCAUUCGAGCGCAUCGUUCUGUUUGAACGUCGUGGUUCCGCCGGUGGUGUUUGGAAUUAUACCUCUUCAUUACCAUCAAAGAUCCCAACACCUUCCACGAAGCCAAAUCUAAGUAGCAAUCCAAUUCUACAACCUUCCGCCUUGCCCGUUUAUCCUUCUCCCUUAUACCGUGAUUUACAAACCAACACCCCUAUUGAGCUCAUGGGCUACAGCACUCAUCAAUUCCCCAAAGAAACCCUUCAGUUCCCUCACCGUACUUCAGUGCAGGAGUAUCAGCGCACCUUUGCAGAACCUCUUUUACCUUUCAUCAAACGCGCUACUGAAGUCAUCGAUGUAGAAAAGAAAAAUAAUAAAUGGCAUGUCACUUACCGCAACACCAAGGAAGGUAGUCCUUCUAACGAAGAAUCUUUUGACGCCGUCGCCAUUUGCAAUGGUCAUUAUGAAAUCCCUUUUAUUCCAAAUGUUCCUGGUCUUCAACAAUAUGCUGAACGGGUUCCUGGGUCUGUCCUUCAUGCCUCGCAAUUUCGUGAGCCUGAACUUUUUACCAACGAGCGCGUCCUUAUUGUAGGUGGUGCUUCUUCAGCCAAUGACUUGGUCCGUCAUUUACAACCACUCGCGAAGAACCCCAUCUAUCAGAGUCUUUUGAACGUCGAGGAAAGCGUUGAUGAUAAGCUCAUCAAGGUCCCUCAAAUCAUGAAAUUUGAUCCCGAGACAAGAGAAAUCUUUUUGAAGGAUGGUAAGAUCUUAAAAGAAAUUGAUCGCGUCAUCUAUUGCACUGGUUAUUUGUACAACAUUCCUUUCCCCUCUCUCAACAAAUUAAACGAUAACCCUGAAACAAAAUUGGUUACCGAUGGCACUCAUGUUCACAACGUUUACCAACAUAUCUUUUAUAUCCCUGAUCCAAACCUUGCAUUCGUUGGUUUGGCUCUUCAUGUUGUACCUUUUCCAACAAGCCAAGCGCAAGCUGCCUACCUGGCCAGAGUUUGGUCUGGUCGCCUUUCUCUUCCACAUCCACAAGAGCAACGAGAAUGGCAAGAUCAGCUAGUAAAUUCCUUGGACGGAUCCAUGAGCUUAUACCAUUCAAUGAACUUUCCUAAAGAUGCCGAGUACAUCAACUAUAUUCAUGACUUAACGCUGCAAGCUCAUCCGAACCCCGAAGAGGGAUUUCCUUCACCAUACUGGGGCCCUGAAGAGAUCAAAAUCAGAGAAGACAUGUGGAAUAUCCGUGCUAAAUUUUUUGGGCUUGAACAAAAAAAAUAAUACUACAAAAGUUUUGCCUGAAUUUUGUUAACCAUUUUAGAAGUACAAACUCAAUACAUAGAGAAUCAGUCGUAUUGCUUGGUUUUUCAUACACGUUUUUUUUUUUUUUUUAUUGUUUAGUUGGCAGUUAAAAUUUGGGAAUUUGUUCUUUUCAAAGUAUAAAUUACUUUGCAAAUGUCAUUACUAUAUUUGUUAAGGAUCGUAAACAAUAUAUGUGACAAUUAAAUGUUCGUAAAUAA